UUUCUCAACUAAAUUCAUCAUGACUGUUACAUAUACUGCGAAUGUGGCCACCUCUGGCGUUAUAAGCAAGUUUUUACUUUUGCUUUUCCGAUGGCGUGCUAGCAUUUAUAAGCUGGUUUGGUGUGAUCUGCUAGUUUUCAUCGGCCUCUAUAUACUACUGGCCUUAACUUACAGAUUGAUUAUGAACGAGCCCACUCGCAAUAUGUUCGAGUCCUUGGUUAUUUACUUCUUGGCGCAUGGAAGUCUCAUACCCUUGGCGUUUGUUUUGGGCUUUUUUGUGUCCAUUGUAAUGGAUCGCUGGUGGAAGCAGUAUACGACGAUACCGAUGCCAGACUCGAUUGCUAUACUGGUGAGCUCCUGCAUACAUGGCUUCGAUGACCGCGCUCGUGUCAUGCGUCGCACCAUCUUACGCUAUGUGGUGCUCUGUCAGGUGAUUGUCUUCACUAUGAUAUCGCCGAGUGUGAAGAAGCGCUUUCCCAACUAUGACCACAUCAUUGAAACGGGGCUGCUGCAGGAGUGCGAAAAGAAAAUUAUGGAAGACUUGGACUUGGCUUUUCCGCACUAUCCCAAGCAUUGGAUGCCCAUUGUUUGGGCGGCUAGCAUUGUCAUGCGUGCCAGGCGAGAGAAUAAAAUACGCGAUGAUUAUGCUGUCAAGUCGAUAAUCGAUGAAUUGAAUAAAUUUCGCGGCUUGUGUGGAUUCCUGCUGUACUACGACUGGGUUAGUGUGCCCUUGGUAUACACUCAGGUGGUCACAUUGGCCACCUACACCUAUUUCCUGUGCAGUGUCAUAGGUCAACAGUGGAUUGACGUGCCCGAGACUGGUACAAGAGACAAUGUUGUUGUACGAUUCUUUCCCAUACUAACGGUGUUGCAGUUCUUCUUCUACAUGGGCUGGCUGAAGGUGGCCGAAUCACUAAUUAAUCCCUUUGGUGACGAUGAUGAUGACUUUGAGCUCAACUGGAUGAUUGACCGCAAUCUGACUGUGGCCUACUUGAUUGUGGAUGAAAUGCAUCAAGAGCAUCCUGAAUUGGUCAAGGAUCAGUACUGGGACGAGGUGUUGCCCAGUGAGCUGCCAAACUACGACACGCAACGUCGAUACGUUGUACCAGAGGCGUCGACAGCUCGUUUGAUUUUACAGAAAUCGGUGCCCAGCGGUGAACAUUUGAGAUCGUUUCUUGGAGGACGACAGCGUUUCUAUCGUGAGAGCACUUCUAGCUUUUUAUCACACACCAGCUCACGCAAGAUUGGCAAAAAAUUCACAGAUAUGGAAAAGCGCCCAACCUUUUCCCCCCAUCACGAUUCAGAAGAUACACUUGAUGCCCGCACCAGUCCCGCCAGCUUGAACUUUGAGGAGCUUAUCGAGCAGCGCAAUCGAGAGCGUCGUGAGCGUUUGCGUAACCGUUUUCUCAAUAUGCGCUCCAAUCAGCGACCACCGAACUCUGGACGUUAUACCGUUACAGUGCUGCGGCCUCCUUCGCUGCGCAGUAGUCAGCAUUUCUUCCAUGAGUUCGAAGAGUACGAGGAGGAAGAGACUGUGGCUGAGACUGAGCAAGAGCAAGAGCAAGAGCAUGAAGCGCCCAACAACAAACCAGAGAAAUAUGAGUAAAUUUGCAUUUGCUGUUGACUUUAAAGAUAUGUUAAAUACAGCUUUGAUUU